ACGUGCCUCCCUCCAGGCUUCGGUGGGUCGAGGGGCCCCUCCUCCUAGAGCGGCGGCCUUUUCCCGCGCGAGCCACCCUUGCUGCCCGGGCCUCCAGCGGGGAAACAUGGCGUCUGCUCUGGAGCAGUUCGUGAACAGUGUCCGACAGCUCUCGGCUCAAGGGCAAAUGACUCAGCUCUGUGAGCUGAUCAACAAGAGUGGAGAGCUGCUUGCGAAGAACUUGUCCCACCUGGACACCGUGCUUGGGGCGCUAGAUGUUCAAGAACACUCCCUGGGUGUCCUUGCUGUUCUGUUUGUGAAGUUUUCGAUGCCCAGUGUUCCUGACUUUGAAACACUAUUCUCACAGGUUCAGCUUUUCAUUAGUACUUGUAAUGGCGAGCACAUUCGAUAUGCAACAGAUACAUUUGCUGGGCUUUGCCAUCAGCUAACAAAUGCACUUGUGGAAAGAAAACAGCCCCUUCGAGGAAUUGGCAUCCUUAAGCAAGCCAUAGACAAGAUGCAGAUGAAUACGAACCAGCUGACCUCAGUCCAUGCCGAUCUCUGCCAGCUUUGUUUACUAGCAAAGUGCUUUAAACCUGCCCUUCCAUAUCUUGAUGUGGAUAUGAUGGAUAUCUGUAAAGAGAAUGGAGCCUAUGAUGCAAAACACUUUCUGUGCUACUAUUAUUACGGAGGGAUGAUCUAUACGGGACUGAAGAACUUUGAAAGAGCACUCUACUUUUAUGAGCAGGCUAUUACUACUCCAGCCAUGGCAGUCAGCCAUAUCAUGUUGGAAUCAUAUAAAAAGUAUAUUUUAGUGUCUUUGAUAUUACUUGGCAAAGUACAACAGCUGCCUAAGUACACAUCUCAGAUUGUGGGUAGAUUUAUUAAGCCUCUCAGCAACGCUUACCAUGAGUUAGCACAAGUUUAUUCAACGAAUAACCCGUCAGAGCUCCGGAACCUGGUGAACAAGCACAGUGAAACUUUCACUCGAGAUAACAACAUGGGCCUGGUGAAGCAGUGCCUGUCAUCUCUCUAUAAGAAGAACAUUCAGAGGCUAACAAAGACCUUUUUAACACUAUCGUUACAAGAUAUGGCAAGUCGUGUGCAGUUAUCUGGACCUCAGGAGGCAGAGAAAUACGUCCUACACAUGAUAGAAGAUGGGGAAAUUUUUGCAAGUAUUAAUCAGAAGGACGGUAUGGUCAGUUUCCAUGAUAAUCCUGAAAAAUAUAAUAACCCAGCCAUGCUUCAUAACAUUGAUCAAGAGAUGCUAAAGUGUAUAGAGUUGGAUGAACGGCUGAAGGCCAUGGACCAGGAGAUCACGGUGAAUCCCCAGUUUGUUCAAAAGGAAACCCUUGAACUGGCGGGAUGCCUCAGUGUGUAAAGGUACCAAGCCUGAGAACCCGAGUUCAGUCUCAGAACCCACAUGGUGGAAGGAGAGGACGUGUUCACUGACUGCCACACUCGCACAGUGGCAUUCUUGCACAUGCGCACACAUAAAUGUAAAAAGAAAAAUUUAAUGAAACUCUUGAAUCUUCCAAGGCCUGUAAAGUAGACCCACACUGGUAGUUGACCUGUCCUUGUAGGUCCUCUGGAAUUGAUAAGCCAGUAGUGACAACUUUAGACUCAGAUUCUCUUCCAUUAUUAAUAUUGCUUGUAGCUGGCAUCUUUUAGGUUUGUGUAUACCUGUGUUUUGGAAAGAGGACAUAUUUAAAGGGAAUUUAUCUUCUGUUUGUGUAGUGAACUGUGGACUCUUUUUUUUUUUUUUAAAAAAAAAAAGCUGAAUUUGAGCAGUAUUUAUCAGAAUCUGAAAUUAAAAUCACCUACAAUAGCUUCAAGUGGUGACUAAAUAAAGAUGCCUGGUAAGGACUUCUAGUGAUAUAAAUACUAUUAUAUUUGUUUCCCAAGAUUGGUUCAUUAAAAUUCCACAUUGCUUGAAAGUUUUUGAGUUCAAA